AAUUUGUUAAUUCUACAAAAAAGUAUGGUUAUGCACUAAAUAUGAAACGUCUAGUAUUUAGUGUAAAUUAUUUUUAUAAUUUAUUUAUAACAGUAUAAUAAGUAAUAGUAUUUAAAUAGUAAGAAUAAUAAUAAUGGAACCGAAGAGUUCAAUACCGUAUCAACAGUGUGAUGAGACAGAGUUAUUUGCGUCUGUCAAAAAAAUUGUUUAUACCAAUGUCAUUGAGACAAAUAACAUAAAUAACAAAUAUUUAAUAUUUAAUAAUGAAUUAAAUCAACAAAAUAUCCCUGAUUCUAUUUCAACAACAAUGCUGGAUGACACGAAUAUUUAUUGUGGUGAGCAAGAAAACUCCGAAAUUAAUCUACAAGACUUGUGUCGAGUAUGUGCUAACACAAAUAAUCAUAUGGUUCCAAUAUUUGGAGAUGAAAGCCUACAACAUGAUUUAAUUAAUAAAAUAUCAAGGUACUUGCCAAUAAAUAUCACAAAAAAUGACACAUUGCCCUUGCAAUUGUGUUACAACUGCGCCUCGACUUUAAUAGCUUGGCAUGAUUUAUUGGAAGGAUGUUUGGAUGCUGAGCAAAAGCUGUUAGGGAUUGAAGAACGAUUAUUUACAAAGAAACAGGUUGACAAAUCUGAUAAUUUAGAAACUGUCCAACAAUCUGUAUCCCAUGUAGAGAGUAAUCCAGUACCUCAAAGUUUAGAACAUGAAAAAGAACCUAUCCCCGAAAAUUCAAAGACACCUAGUGAAGAAAGGUCUUCAUUUAUACAAACAAGAAGUAUAACUUCAAGAUGUAUGAAAAAAAAUUCAAUAACGAGUCAUGACAAGUUGGAAGAACUACCGAGACCCAUGGUUGAACAAAUCAAUCAAGAACCUGAAGAUUAUUCUGAAGAUAAUGAUGAUUCAUGUGCUAGCGUAGAUGAAGCUCGGGUUAAUAAUAGAGAUAAAGAUAAAUAUAAAGAUUUAAAUGACUUUUCAGAUAAAACGGAGCGAAAAUUGAAAAAAAAAGAUAAUAAAAAUUCAAAAACUCAACAAGAACCUCAAGUAAAACACUCACGACCUCGCUUAUAUCCUUGUAUGUACUGUGAUUUUAUAGGUAAUAAAAAAAAGUUAUUGCAAGCACACAUGAUUGAGAUUCACCCGGACGUACCGAUGGAUGAUUUAAUAAAAAAGCCAUCUUGCGUUGAUAAAGAAAUGAUCGAAAACGCUCGAAUGGAAGCUGAUGGUCGCGUUUAUUAUCACUGUGAAGACUGUGGCAAAAACCUUUUCUCACCAUACACAUUUUUUUGGCACAAGCGUAUCCAUACAGGUGAACGUCCAUUCUGUUGUCAUCUCUGCGGCAAACAAUUUCGAGUCAACCAAGGUCUUGCCCGACAUUUACACGAGACACACGAGGGAAUUAAAAAUUUUUCGUGUGACAUUUGUAGUAGAACAUUUGCUACCAAGCGCACACUUGAUGAUCAUCGACGUAUUCAUACAAAUGAACGGCCUUAUGUUUGUAACAGAUGUGGAAAAACUUUCAAGCAAAAAGCGUCGCUUUUUGUUCACAAUCGCACACACAGUGAUGUAUUCCCAUUCAAGUGCGUACACUGUGAGCAAUCCUUUCGCACACGUCCGACGCUUAUGGUUCAUAUUACCAAACAUACUGGUGAAAAACCAUUUGUUUGUGAUAUUUGUAGUCGACCUUUUAGAAUAAAGUAUGAAUUAAAAAGACAUAAACUUGUACAUUCAGAUGAAAAACCGUGGCAGUGUUCUGAAUGUGGAUUAUCAUUCCGUCAAAAACGUUAUUUAGUUAACCAUAGACGUAUAAACCAUGGAAGUGAAUCAUCUGUAAUGGAAAAGUAAUUAUAAUUAUAAUUAUUAUUAAAUAUAAUUUCAGGUGUCCCAGCGGUAGAAGGCGAUUACAAAUUAAGAAGAAACGUGUCACUCCUCAGAAACGAACUACUGAACAAAAAGCUUUGAUUUUAAGUUCAAAGAUAAUAAUUGAUGGAAUUAAUUAUUACAAGUGUUCAGAUUGCAAUAAAGUGUUGUCAACUGUAUAUAAUUUUCUGACGCAUCGAAAUACUCAUUCUGAAGAUACUCCUUAUGUAUGUGAAACCUGCGGAAAAGGUUUUA